ACAGGACUCCUGCUGGAUCCGGUUGCAGACUCAAUGGGCCAACACUCAUAUUACAGAUCACAGUGCUGCAGAGGGGAACAGUACUCUACCUGCAUACCUCUGGAUGUGUCUCCAAAAGUUCUCAGCAUGCCAACGUCCAAUCAGGGCUGGCCUGAAGAGUUUGGCUUCCAGCUGGGAGGGGGCGGACCCAGCUACAUCCUGUCCGUGGAGGAGGGCAGCAGUGCCCACCUGGCUGGGCUGCAGCCGGGGGACCAGGUGCUGGAGAUCGAAGGCCACAAUGUGUCCACACUGCCCCCACAGGCUGUCAUUGCCAUCGCACAGACGCAGAAGAACAUACCACCCAGUAUUGGAGUGGUGUCGCGCAUACAUCAGAUGGACAUCAUCCCGGGUCCAGAUGGUCGUUUUGGCUUCACCAUCGUGGGAGACUGCCCCCUGCUGGUGGAGGACUGCUCUCCAUGCUCCCCCGCAGGCAGAGCAGGGCUUAGGGCUGGGGACUACGUCAUGGAGGUCAAUGGCAUCCCGGUGCGACAACACGAGACGGCCGCAGCGCUCAUCAAGUCCUCUCAGGGCAGGACUCUCCGCCUGGGGGUCCUCUGUCUGGGACCAAGGCAGAAACGCAGCAUCAGCAUCGAGGACAGUCAGAUGGGAGGAGAUGGGAUGAGGAUGGACAGAAAGCACAAGGCUCUAGAGUUCAAUAAAAAGGUUGACCAGAUUUUAGCUGACGAGCCCGAGGUUAAAGACAGAUUGUUUGCUGUGUUAAAGCAGUACGCCGCGGAGAAGAGAGUGGAUUGGUUGGCAUCAGUCCUGCCUGAUAUACUCACCACGGAUGAGCACCGACAGCUCCUCUCCAGUAUCAGAAUCUUCGUACCCAAGAAGCACCGGCAGCGCUUCGAUGAGGCGGUCAACCAGAAUGUGAUCAACAAGCUGUGCCGCAGUAAGAGCAUCAGCGAGCCACAAGGACGACUCCGCCGCAGCAGGAGCGAAGACCACUCGGACCGCCACCAUGGCUCCAAGCGGGCCAGCUCCCUGCCUCGUGAGGGAGGGGAGGCCGGGGAGAGGAUCUCGGACAGGGACCGGGACCGGGACAGAGACAGGAGGCACCGGAAGUCUGUGCCAGGGAUAUCCACACAUCCUCCAGUGGGACCUAAUCAGAGAAUUGUCCGAGUGUACCGGGGAAAGAAGACUUUCGGCUUCACACUGCGAGGCCACGCUCCUGUCUCCAUUGAUUCUGUUAUCGCAGAUAGUCCUGCCGAAGAGUGUGGACUGAAACCUGGCGACAAAAUUCUCUUUCUCAACGGACUGGACAUGAGGAACUGCUCUCAUGAAAAGGUGGUGUCCAUGCUUCAGGGCAGUGGAGCAGCCCCCACCCUGGUUGUAGAGGAGGGGUCUAUAGACUAUUCUCCUGAGCACACAGAGGCAGAGGACACGCCGAGCCCGGUGGCCACUAGCACCCUGCCACGAUCCAGGUCUCCAGCCCUCAGCUCCUUACAGUGGGUGGCAGAGAUCCUCCCUCCGAGCAUCAAAGUUCACGGCCGAACCUUUAGCCAACAACUGGAGCACCUUCUGACCAUUCAAGAGCGAUACACCGUCUGCAAGGCUCUGGAAACCUUCUUCCAGCACAGGAAUGUGGACACCUUGAUAGUAGAUAUUUUUCCAGUGCUAGAUACUCCGGCCAAACAGCUCAUCUGGCAGUUCAUUUAUCAGCUCCUGACCUACGAGGAACAGGGGCGCUGCCAGACCAAGCUGUCCCGCUUUCUGGGCUUCAAGAGCAGUGCCAUAUUGGAUCCCGACGGCCCUGAACUACAUAGGAGAAGCAGCUCUAUGCGCAUCAGCGGCUCAUCGUACCGGGGCAGUGUUCGAGAGAGGAGCUCCGACGACUGCAUCAUCGGCACUCACCUGGGGAUGGGAAUCCAUUUGGACGAGGCAGAGAGCUCGGAGGAGAGGCAGUCUGGAGAUGGAACCUCCUUCCCAGAAUCCCCUGACCUCAAUCAUAUGACAGGUAUUUACACUGAGCUGGAGAGUGUGUACCCAACCAAGAAGGACUCAUCACCUCUGCACGGCUCCACAGGAGAGCCGGAGAGCCAGGGGGAGGGCUAUAGCCGUCCUCUCUCCCCUCUCACCCUGCCUCCUCUCAAGGGUACUCUGGGUCGUAAGUCAGGCCUCUCUCUGUCUUGGAAGGAGCCCCUCCCCUCUCAGGUCUACCACCAGAGCAGUGUGGAUUCCAACCCGUACGUGAGCCUGGAAAGCCCCCCUUUGUCGCCUCCACACCACGACAGCGACACGGCACCCAACACGCUCAACCGCAGGAAGAAACUCUUCACCUUCUCCAGACCCCCCCGCAGCAGGGACACCGACAAGUUCUUAGACGCCCUGAGUGAGCAGCUGGGGCACAGGGUCACGCUGGUGGACGGGGUGGAGGAGAACGACUACGAGGAGAUGAGUUUCCCGGAGGAGCAGGAGGGGGGCUUCGUGCCUCGGCAGCUGAGCAGUGAGAGCAGUGAGGGCCACAGCAGCGGUGGCGAGGAGGCGCCCUCUCCCACUUUCUCAGACGGAGAGCCCAUCCCCCCUCCCCCCACCCAGAGCCCCCCUCCCCCUCCGCCCUUCCAGUCCCUCAUACCUCCUCCGGUGCAGUUCACCGAUCCCCUCCCGCCCGUGCGCUUCUCCCCUGACCAUGCGCCCCGCAGCCGGAUGCCCUUCCAUCCGCACCACCCCAUCAUCCCUCCACCCCCUCCACCGCCCCGCACCCUGCUCUCCAGCCGCUCCCCGCUCCACAAAACGGACAAGAAGCCCCGCCUCCAGCCCACUACACGCAUCUCUCAGGGACACAGCACCCUUCGCACCGCACACCCCAACCGCUACCUCCCCCGACAGCUGAGCCAACCCCAGCCUCUGCUCCACCCCUCCACCUCCCCCCAGCCCUCCCCACAGGUGCUACGGCCCAGUCAGGUUGUGCUCCAGAGGCACCACCAUCUCCACCACCAGCACAGCUACCAGGGCGCGCUGCCCCCCUCCCUCAAAGACCACUGCACCAACCAGAGUCAUACCCAAGCGCCCGGCUCCACCUCCACUCUGCCCGGGCACAGCAAGGGCUACGAGUGCAGACAGGAGACAUCAUCACAGGCACCUCCCCCUCCUCCUCCCCCGCUCCCCCCUCCGUGUGAGCCCCCUCCCCUGCCAGCGCCGGGACAGGCCUCGGACCCCAACCACAUGAGUGUGAAGAGACUCCGCUGGGAGCAGGUGGAGAACUCCGAGGGCACCAUCUGGGGACAGCUCAGAGAGGACUCAGAGUAUGACAAACUGACAGAUAUGGUGAAAUACCUGGACCUUGAUCUCCAUUUUGGGACACAGCGGCGAUGUAAGCCAGCCUUCACACCCGACAAUUUUAAGAAGAAAGACGUGGUGGAGAUCCUGUCGCAUAAGAAAGCCUACAACGCAUCCAUCCUGAUCGCCCACCUGAAGCUGUCGCCGGAGGAGCUGAGGGACGUCCUGAUGAACAUGUCCACCGAGCGUCUAGAGCCCGCCCACAUCAAACAACUGCUGCUGUACGCCCCAGACCAGGACGAGGUCAGCCUGUACCAGCAGUACGACCAGGACCCCAGCAAACUCAGCCCUCCAGACCACUUCAUCUACCAGAUGCUGAGGGUCCCUGAGUACAAAAUGCGCCUGAGGAGUCUGCAUUUUAAGACCACCCUCCAGGAGAAGAUGGAGGAGAUGAAGGUGGCUUUUGAUUAUGUCUACAAGGCUUCAGUGGAGCUCAGGAGCAGCAAGAAACUGGCCAAGAUCCUGGAGUUCGUCCUCGCCAUGGGGAAUUACCUAAACAACGGACAGCCCAAGAGCAACAGAACCACUAGUUUUAAAAUCAACUUUUUAACUGAGCUGAGCACAACCAAAACCGUGGAUGGGAAAUCCACCUUUCUCCACAUUUUGGCCAAGUCUCUGUGCCAGCAUUUCCCCGAGCUCCUCAACUUUUCCAGAGACCUGACCACCGUGCCUCUGGCUACUAAGGUGAACCAGAGGAUAAUCACCACUGAACUGAGUGACCUCCAAAGCACCGUCCAGGACAUCAGGGCGGCCUGUGUCAAACUGCCCCCCACACCCGAGGACAAGUUCUCUUCUGUCAUGAGCAGCUUUCUGGAGAACAGCCAUCCCUCGAUCCAGUCCCUUGAGUCCCUCCAGAGCAGAGCCAUGGAGGAGUUUGCCAAAGUGGUGUCGUAUUUCGGAGAGGACAGCAAGACCACCAGCACCGAGAGCUUCUUUGGCAUUUUUGCCGACUUCAUCUCCAAGUUUGAGAGAGCGCUAACAGAGACCCAGAGCCCUGAAAACCCCAGGAGUCCCAGGCUCUCCUCGCCUCUGGCCUGGUAGAAGAGAAACAUCUGCUCUCCAAUAACCAAAGUGCCAACAACCCACAGAGACAGUCAGCACGGUCCAGAACGAC